GGUCACACUUAUAGUAUUGUUUUUUUUCGCGAAUUCAAUUGCAGUUUUUCGCAACCUUUUAAAUUAGAAGCAAUAUUCCAAAGCGCCUAUUAAAAGUGACCGCAGCUCCGGGGACACGGGCAAGGAAAUAAUGACAGAGAAGUACGACGGCAACGGUGAUUUUUCCGCCUUUAACGACGAUGACAACGACUUUAGCGGCAAGCCUCGCAAAUCUGGUGGUUCUAUUGGAGCACCAGGUGGCGCCCACAACGGCGACAGUUCCGCCCACGACCAUGUUCAUCAUGGCGGAGACCCCGGUGGCAGUGUCCAGAUAAAUGAGAAGGCCAAUGAGUACAUACGCGAUUGUAUGGCAGAGCGAAAUCGUAUGGACAGAAAGUUUCCCAUUGCCGAGAAAUUGAUAGAGGGCGAAAUCGAAAAAGUCCAGACCACAGGAAGGAUUCCUUCCAGAGAGCAAAAAUACGCGGAUAUCUAUAGAGAGAAGCCCCUACGCAUCUCACAACGUGUUCUAGUUCCCAUUAGAGAACAUCCUAAGUUCAAUUUCGUGGGCAAACUGCUGGGGCCCAAGGGAAACUCACUUCGUCGCCUGCAAGAGGAGACGCUUUGCAAGAUGACCGUCCUGGGUCGCAACUCUAUGCGCGAUCGCGUCAAGGAGGAGGAACUUCGCAGCUCUAAAGAUCCAAAGUAUGCUCACCUCAACAGCGACCUGCAUGUGGAGAUAUCCACAAUAGCACCACCCGCCGAAGCAUAUGCACGAAUUGCCUACGCCAUGGCCGAGCUGAGAAAGUAUCUGAUACCCGACAGUAACGACAUCAUCCGGCAGGAGCAGCUGCGAGAGUUGAUGGAUAGUACUAGCUUAAAUGACAACGAUAAUGCUAAAAGUGGCUAUAAGAAGACGUCCCACAUGCAGGGAGGUAACAAUUCAAUGGGUGGAGGCUCUAUUAACCCAAUUGGAGGGGCCAAAAACACACCUCAUCAUAGUUAUAGAGGCUCUCAGCAGUCCUCAUUCAGUAAAAAUGUGCUUGCUCCCAAGCAGAAAGUUAUGUCCAUAUUGGAAAAGGCUAGGACUGCCAUGGAUGAAACGUAUGGCCGCGGUUAUGACGACGGCAUUGGCUAUGAUCCGCAUCAAUCUUACGAUAGUUACUCCUAUGGCAGUCACGGUCAUGGACCCCAUGGACCUCCGGCCAACAUCCUGGGUGGAGUUGGCGGAAUUAGCGGUGGCGGCGGACGUGGUGGACACUACGAAAGCUCAGACUACGAGCCGGAUUAUGGAAGACGAGAAUACUAUCAGCAUUCUCCCGGUUAUUCAGCUGGCGGCGGUGGAGGUGGAGGCCUAGGAACCGGCGGUGGCUCUCAAUCAAAUGCCAUCGGCGGAUCUGGCCUUAGUUCAAACCACAAUCGCAGUCAUGUUAACAGGUGAAAUUUGCUGGACCACAGCAGUGCCAGCGGAGGUCGAGCCACUAAUCCAGCGGCAACCACACAAAAUCUGACCAUAAAAUCCCAACCCAAUAGCAGCAACAACUUUUUGCCCAAUCACGGAGCAAGUGAGUGCCAAAAUGGCAAGAACAUUAAUCCCAACUACUACUACAAUUCUAAUGGCAGUUCCAAGCUAAAUCAGCAACAAAUUCAGCAGUCGCAACCAAAUAUCCCACCGCAGUUAUCAGCCCACAACAACAACAGCAGCAAUAACAACCGCAUUAGCAGUAACAAUAACACCAGUAACAACAAUAAUUGCAAUAGCAACUUUCACCAAAUUGGUGAUAAAAACUCCAACGACGUUUCAUUUCUAUCCUCCUAUCGAGUUGGACCAAUGGAUGGUCAAAAAAGUGCCAACAGCAGCAACAACAGCAACAAUCACACAUUAGGCAGUAAAAACCACAACAAUAACAACAACACCACAACCGCUUCAGUGCCCAAUAUGCUAUUAGUAAGACCUGCUAAUCCUUCGCUACAUAUUGGCACAUUUCCGUUCUUGCCCGUGCAGUUUUUCUGAACCCAACAGAUACAACAACUACAACCAGAACAAGCAAAUCGAAAACAACAUCAACAUCAACAUCACAGAAACUUUGUACACUUGAGUUCAUAAGAUUAGAGGAAGGCGUAGGAGGAGUAUUUACAAAAUGGACAAAAUGAACUUUACGAUAUAUACCACAUACAAAAACAUAUACAUAACAAAUAUAUUUAUACAUAUAUUUUUGCGUGCAAGGAUUGACGUUUAAUGAAGAUGAGGCUGGAUCAACAAAUCGAAACAUUACUUUCGCGUUGGCUAAAAAAAAAACAUAAAAAGCAAAAACACACAAGAAACUGUGUCCGGUUUUUUAUCUCUAUUUACAAAACCAUCUUAAAGAUAUUCAAAGAGCCUGAACGAUUAGUGGGUGCUGUAAUCGGUCGAUGAGAAUCAGUAGUUAAGAAUACGGCUCAGCUCAAAGUUGGGCUGGGAUAGUCUGGCGCAUAUAGUUACAGAUCGAAUCCAAUUGAUACAGCAAGACAAAGCUAUGUAUAGGGACAGAAGGGGCCGAGUUCCGGCCGGUCGAGACAAAAUCUAUGAGAUUAAUUAACUUAAUAGAAUAUAUAAUAAUAAUUAAUACAGAGGGCACAUUUAAACCAUAAUUUUAUUUAUAUAUGCAUAUAUUUAACAAAACUAAUGAUACAGAUAAAAGAAUAUAUUAUAUAUAUAUACACUUACAAAUUCUAAUAUUUACAUAAUUAACAGAGAUCGACUAACCCACAUGUUGACACGAAAAGUAACAGAUUAACCUUAACAAGAACUAUCUAAUACUCGAGCAUUCAAAGUAAAUAUAUCGAAUACUAAAAAGAUCUACAAAUAACUAACAAACAAAUUACAAAAAUAUAUACAAGUUUAUUGUGAAUCAAUGUCCAUAAGUGGAUAGUGCUGCAAAUGAUUACUUUAUUAAAAAAAACACCAGAUACGAAAACAAUAACUGAGUAAAGAGAAUACUUAAAAGCGAAUGUAAGAAUAACAAAUACUCGAUUUACUUAUACACAAAUACAAAGUUAUAACUAAAGCGACAAUGUAACUCAAACUAAAAUUAACGUAAUAACAAUGUAAUUCAAUGUACUUAACCCUAUUUAACCCAUGACGCCGGACAAAGCAUUCAACUAAGGGAUCUGUUUACCUCAGUUACUUUUCGUUUCCGCAAUUGUUCGACAAUGAGUCGGUUGCUUUGUCCAGCUGUCUCCAUAAAUUAUAUACUAAACUAACAAAAGUAAACUAAAUAUAUAACUCUAUAAUCGACAAAUUUAUCAGUUGCCAAGCUCAAGAUUUCGUUUUCUGUUUAAUUACUUAAAUUAGCUUCUAAAUUAAAGAGAAUUCGUUUUUAGAGCUUAAGUAGAACCAAGAAAGUGUGCCAAAUGUAUGUAGGAAGGUGAUCGGAGCGAUUAGUAGAUCCCUUCCAGGUCUGAAAUUACCAAUUGAAAUGCCAAUUUAUAGAUAUUAUCAUUUUUUAUACGUAAACUUAUUUAAUAUUUCGAGCGAAUAAAGUUGAUAACUUACGUAAAGGAAAGGAAUAAACAUCUUACUCGAAUAAGAAUAAACAUGAUAUCUUGUCCAAAAAGAAAACCUUAAGAAACAUUUACUUACAACCAUGUGAAACGUUAAAUUGUUGAAAACAAUUAAAAUCUAGUUUUAAUGGAAUAUCAGUAAUACAGAUAAUACAAAGGAAUUACAAACCAUUUAUUACAAAUAAUUAUUGUUGUUACAAAUUAUACAGAUAACUAAAUAUGAAAUUAUAACAAAUGCUACUUUAGGGCACUUCCCGAGCCCCAAGAUAA